AUGAUAAAAAAAGGAACUACUAAAACUGUAAAAAUAACAAGCUUUUUUGUUUAUGGUACAUUAAGACCUGAUGAUAAUAGUCAAGCACCAUGGACAAAAGAUUUUGUAAAAGGGUUAAAAUUUAAAAAAGCACAUUUUAGGGAUGGAAUUUUAUUUUUUGAUGAGUUUCCUACAGUAUCUUUAUUAUAUAGUGAUAAUGACCAUUACCAUUCAGAUGAGAGUAACCCUUCAAUUAAGAAAUUUGAUGAAACCCUUAUGAACCUAUAUAAUGAUAAUCAGUGUAAUGGUAUUGUUGGAUAUUUGGCAACUAUUGACGAAACUUUAUUGAGCGACACAAAUGACAUUGAAAAAUUAUUUGAAGAGAAAUUGAAAGAGGCUGAUAUAAUUGAAGAGUAUCCUGAAAUUUAUAAAAGAUCAAUCAUUAAGGUGAAACAUUUAAAUGAAGAUGGUGGUGAUGCCAACAAGGAUGGAGUUGUUGAUGGUAACCAAACUCAAAAUGACCAUACAUAUUGUUACAUUUACCAUAGAGAAGAUUGUAAUAGAGAAACAAUUAUAGCACAUGGUGAUUGGGUAAAGAGAAACUUUUAA